UAGUGAAAUGUGCGAUAUGCAUUUUCUUUAUGGCCUUGCCAACGGUAAUGCAUUAGCCGCAAGGCGCCUCUAUGAGCAGAAAUACCCUAAUCGUAUAAUUCCUCAUCAUACUAUCAUCACCAGUCUUCAACAACGUCUUAGUGAAACUGGAAGUUUUCGAAAACUUACCGCAGAAAACGGGCGACCCCGCACAGCAAUAACCCUACAAUUGGAGGAAGAUGUACUUCAUGAAAUUGAGGACACUCCAACAACAAGUACCAGACAGAUUGCUAGAAACUUAAAUAAAAAUUCCAUCUCCCAACUCUAGUACAUGAAGAUGAGCGCCAACAUGUUCACUCAGACACCCCCAGCAACUUCCACGCCUAAGACCAAUACAACAGACAGCAAGACCAAGAUCCCCGUGCCCGCCAGUCCCACCCCCGUCCGCAGGCAAGGCAGUCUCCAACUGAAAAGCGAGAGCGACACCACACGUCGAUUCAGCUACGGCUCCAGUAGAGACGCGAACCACUCGGGUCGAUUCACUGCCCCGACUAGCAGAGACACCAACCAUUCCGGUCGAUCCACCACCAACGCUGUCCUGAAAAGGGGUCACUCGCUGAUGGAGAGGGGGGAGCACUGCAGGGGCAGUAAUGGCGGCGGCGGUUUCGCAGUGGCAAGGCGGGCGGAAAACGUCAAAAUUGAGCCGAGGAAUCCUGGAGCCCUAAAGGGGGCUACCACCCCGCAGUCUCCAUCUAGGAUUAGAAGUUUGUCUCUGUCUCUGUCCAACACCAGGCUUCAGUCUAACGCGAAGUCACCAUCAGUUGUCAAUACAUCACCAAAUAAUCCAAUAUCACAAGAAGCUAGAAAUUUUUCCACCAGCCAUCUGGAUUACUGGGAUUCCGGAAGUGUCACAAGCAUAGGUAGCAGCGUGGCUUCGUGCGACCAUGCCAGUGUUGCCAGGAACGGUACUACUUUCUCCGGAAGAAGUAUGAAAUACGUUUUCCACUGCAACCAGCAUGCAGGAGCCACCGGAGAAGACUACCUAACCCCCACCCAAAGAGCCCACCGGCAAGUGAAGAAACUCAAGUACCUCCUGCAGCAAGCCAAAAAGGAUCUGGAACAAAAGGACAGUGAUAUUUUGAAAUUAACCAAAGAAGUUGUGGAACUGAGGCUUUACAAGGCCGCACUGAACUCUCCUGAAGACAAGUCCAAUUCAAGUGAUGCUGUUACUGUCAGAGAAAAUACCAGUGAAGAUACCACUCCAGUUGCUGAUGUCGCGGACUCUGCAAGUCGUAACAACAUUAACGAAUUGAACAGUUCUUGUGCAGAUUCCGGCCACUUCGAAGACUGCACCAACUCCUCCGUACAUUCCAAAGACUCCGUAUUGUUCGAUGAUCACAGAUCGCCCUACAAGUCAAAAGCUGUUGAGACCGCAGAUAAAGGAACAACAGCAAAUCUAAGCAUCGAUCAUGAUUCUGAACACACGAAGAUAAUUAUGGAAUAUGAAAGACGUCUUCAAGAGUUGGUCAGAACCCAUGAAGAUGAGUCCUACCAAUUAAAACAGAAACAUAAUGAUAAAAUCGAGGAACUGUUGCAACGAAUUACAGAGAUUAAUACAAGAUACUGGCAGUUGGUGCCUGAACUAGAAACGGCGAAAGAGAGAAUAAAGGAGCUGGAGCAACAAUUGGAAGAGGCAAGUAAAAAAUUGGAGGAACAGGAGGAAAAGGCCAAAGAAACGUAUGCCAAAAUGUAUACUCAGGGUCAAGAGGCAGCCAAAGUGGAAAGAGAAAACAUGGUUAUGGAACUGGCUCAUCAAAAUCCAAGCAGGGUAUCAGUACCAGAACUUCUCCAAGAGCUACAGGUUACUAAGAACGAGUUAGAGAAUAUAAAGGAUGUAGAAUAUGCAUCGACAUCUAAUAAUUUGCAUCCCCUACUAAGUGCAAAAGAGGCCCUUUCACUUUGGGUUCUCGGUGCAAGGAAGGCAAUGUACAGACAGCUAAUGGAAGCCAAAAGUAAAAAUAAGAUAGAUCCAGAAAUAACACUUCAGUUUUUAAAGUCUGCAAUAUAUUACUUUUUGACAGACAAGGAAAACAGUCAGGGACAUCUCAAAGCGAUCCAGAGCAUUCUUGGAUUUUCUUCGAAUGAAAUUACAAAUAUAGACAAGGCUAGGCUAACUUAACAUGUUUCCUAUUUUAAAUUUAAUAGUGCCUAAAUUAGGAUUUACAAAAUGACGUAAAACGAAUUUUCAGGAUUAACUGGUUAGUCAUUUUUUUCUGCAUCAUAAAGGGUAGUAGGUAUCUAGAUUGCAAUUUACUGCAGUCAUUCACUUAUGAAAAUAAGUAAUACAAACUAUUUUUUAAAUUGUCCUUUGGAACCAAUUUGUUCAUUUAGUCUCUCAAAGAAACAACAUGUUUACAUGAAACACUCUGAAAUUUGUUCAAAACGGAAAGUAUGCUGGUCUGGUUUAAUUUGAUAAAAUCAGGCAUGUUCCAGUAUCCUCAAACUAAUUUUGGAUAAAACGUGAAAAUCAGAGGAAAGAAAUACACCUUCAAGUUAAGGAAAAAAUAGGAUGCAGGGUGUUAACUGAGUAUGUGGUAUUAAGAAGUAUAUUUUUUUGUCUACAUAAUAAAUUAACACUAUAUUCAGUGAUGAAGACUGAUGAAGACAAAUUAUUAAUAUUUUUUACUACGUAACAAUAUGUGAUCAUUGUUUUUCCCUAUAAUUACAAUUACAAUGAACUAAAAAGUAACUAAAGGUGCAAUGUAAUUUAUAAUGUAAUGAACUAAUAAUGUUCUUCUAAAUGUGAUGACUAAAUUUACCUACUCAAUUUUGUUGUUUCUAGAGAAAGAAACAAUACUAAAUAGUCAUUUAAUCAAUUACGCAAUCAUUAAAUUGGUCAAAUAUGCAAAAUCAUGGGUAACUUACGUUGAUAUAGAUAAGCAUCUAUAUCUAUAUGUAGGUAUACGAUUUCAUACAGAUCAUAUUUUGUAGUAACUCUAAAUGUAAUUACUGUAUGUCCUGUAUCUGUACUCUGCAGUACAGGAUGCUGCUUAAUAAUGGUCCAAGGUUUACCACUAGAUUUUAUGAUGAAAAUUAACGGGAAUAGUGCCGAAUAGAUCAUAUAAAAAUAUGUCAAUAUGUGCUUCGCUUCUAAGAUAUUGAAGUUAAAAAUAUUAAACUUAUAUGUUGAAAACCUAUAUAUCAACUGAUUUACUCGAUCAAUAAUAUCGUGCUUUUGUUAACAGUUAUAGUUUCAGUUGAAAUGGAGAGCAAAUAUCAUUAUAGAGGACUCGCCAAUGUUAAAUUAUAAAUAUUAUAUUUAUUUAUAGUAUUUACAGAUAUUUUACAGAUACAUUAUCUUGAUUCAUAUCCAUAUAAAAAAAAAUAUUUCAUUCAAUUCUGCACAAUGUGUUAUUAGAUAUUAUUGGAUAUCCUUUCGAUUUUUAAGUUAAAAAAAAUGUAAAUAAAAAAGUUGUGGUUAUAAACUGGACGAAUCAGUGAUGUUUAUAUUUUCUAUUCAGUGUGUUCAGAAAGCGUGACAAACAUAAUUUAUGAUUAUUUGUACGGGACACCUUAUAUAUUUUAUUUCAUGUUACAAUAGAAUGUUUUUUUAGGAGUGCAAUAAUAUUAAUAUAUUUAAUAGGUCUAACGGAAAGAAAGGCUAAUUUUUUCUUAAUAGUAAAUUUUAUGGACAUAAAACAACAGACCGUUUCUUAUAGAAAAAUAUAUGCAUAUUCUAAAUAUGGCAAUUUCUUUGUGUUAGUCAGUGGCGUAUGAUUUAUUAAAAAAAAGUUCUCGUGUCACUGGAUUUUCCAAUUCAAUUGAAACUAUAUCAGAUAAUAGAAAUCUGGAUAAUAAUCUUCAUGUAAAAUUGGAAAACAAUUACUAUAAAGAUUUACCAGAUAUAAAUAAAGCUAAGUUUAAUUUUUUUUAACUCAACUCUAUAUUUUGGAAAUGAAGCGUUUGUCGACAAAUUCUUAUACGGACUACGUCAUCAAUGUUAAUCGACCCAUUCUUUAGCACACUACCCACAACUUAUUACAUUGUAACUGAACAACUGAACAAUAAUCUCAAUUAAAUAAUUAUUUUACUUAUCUUGUAAUUGUAAUUAUUGUCAUGAGAUUAUUUUGUAUGCGAUUUUUCCGAUCUCUGACAGAUGUUCCAUAAAAGUUAAUAAAUAUAACUAUCAUCUGCUAAAUCGCAACCAAAUCAACUUGAUUUAGCUGAUUAUAACAAUCAUAAUCGAGUUGAACGAACUUAAAAGAAUACAACAUAUUUUUAAGGUUAUUAACAUUUUCUACCUAUAUGUCCAAUUACAGUUCGUUUUGUUGCUGAAUAUACUGACACAUAGAGUAGACCUACUUAGAUGUCUGCAGAUUACAAAAGUAUAAUUGAAGCUUCUAUAAGUCUGCAGAUUACAAAAGUACCUACUUUCAAUGACAGGUUAUUAAGUUCAAACAACAUAUGUCUCGAUAAAUCCGUUUUCCAUUAAAUUCCUAAUCGUUAAUGUACCUGUAUGUUUAAUAUUAGACAAGCGAUGAACCCAAACCUUGGUUAUAACAAUAUACAAAUUAAAAAAUCUGGUAGUUUGACCAAUAUUCUCGAAAAUGCAUUAUAACGAAAGGAGGAUAGGAACCUGAUUGAUAUCAAAUAAAUUUUAAUUUCAUAUAUUCAAACUGCCUUUAUUAUCACAUGUAGCCACAUAACCUAAAAACAAUAUAGAGCAAAUGAUUAUUUUUUAAAUUAUGUAUCAAAAAGUCUGCCAUCUUGAACGUUCAAUUUUGUAGGUUCUAACCUACAAAAUUUUCUCUAGAAAAGGCUGCUUCAUGGAAGGAUUCAUUUCAGUACAAAUUAAAAUGGGAGGAAGAUGGAAAUGUUCCAUAUUGUUCAUAUAAUCGAAAUCGAUAAAAUCAUCGUACGUUUCGUAUUUGUACUCGGAGAAUAAAAUAUUCGAAAUCUUUAACAGCCUGUAAUAUUUCAAAAUAACAGAUAACAGGAUAGUAUUUCUGAAAAAUAUCAGAGAUAAAAUAAUCAUUUAAAUUUAUCGAAAACGUGAACAAAAACUAAAAUGAUUUAAUUCUGUCAAAGCACUAACAAAUCUCAGUUAUUUCACCUAAAUGUAUAAAAUAGUCAAGGUAGAAACUUAUACAGGGUGUUCGGAAAGGUCAUGUCAAAAAUGAAGGGAUGUACAGGAGAACUCAAAA